CGGUAUUUAACCCCCCAGGGAGGUGCCUGCCCGCUGCUUGUUGUUGCAAUUUGCGGGACUGUGGCACGGAGCCCGUGUGCUGGGGCUUGGGGGGGAGCCAGACCUUGGCCAGAGUUACUGCGGAGAGACAGGCGCCUUCCCACCCAAUCAUGGCUUCAGCGGGUCUCCAGAUCUUGGGCAUGGCGCUCUCGGUGGUGGGCUGGCUGGGCUCCAUCAUCUCCUGUGCCCUGCCCAUGUGGAAGGUGACGGCCUUCAUCGGCAACAACAUUGUGACGGCGCAGACCAUCUGGGAGGGGCUGUGGAUGAACUGCAUCGUGCAGAGCACGGGCCAGAUGCAGUGCAAGGUCUACGACUCCAUGCUGGCGCUGCCCCAGGACCUGCAGGCCGCCCGCGCCCUCUUGGUCAUCUCGGUGCUGCUGGCCCUGCUGGCCUUGCUGGUGAGCGUCGUGGGCGCCAAGUGCACCAACUGCGUGGAGGACGAGGGCACCAAGGCGCGGAUCAUGAUCGUCUCCGGCGCCGUCUUCGUGGUCUCCGGCAUCCUCUGCCUCAUCCCCGUGUGCUGGUCGGCCAACACCAUCAUCCGGGACUUCUACAACCCGCUGGUGUCCGAAGCCCAGAAGCGGGAGCUGGGGGCCUCGCUCUACAUCGGCUGGGCCGCCUCGGCCCUGCUGGUUCUGGGGGGCGCCCUCCUCUGCUGCACCUGUCCCGAGAAGAACACCAACUACAGUGCCCGUUACACGGCCGCCGCCUCCCAGCCCCGCAGUGACUACCCCAGCAAGAACUACGUCUGAGGGGCAGGCAGCCUGGGGCCUCUCGGUGGGGGGGGGGCAGGGGGUGGGGCCCCAUCCCUGCAGCAGACUCCCGGGUGCAAAGCUCGCUGGGUGGGUGCUGGGACCGCGUCUGCAGCGUGGAGGGAAGACGGAAGCUAAGCUGCUAGACCCAGGGCCUCUGCCAUUUGUGGUGGCUUCACCUUAGCUUCUGGGCCCCACCACGCUGCAAUGGUCCUCAGCCCACACGGUCCACCAGCAUCCUGCUGCCUUCCAGCUCUUCUCCCCUCAGAUGUGGGUCGUCUCACACCCCAACCCGGCUCCUCUCCAGCCCUGUUCUCCCCUCCUUAGGCCCAGAACGUCUCCUGAUGCCACCCAGCUCGAGGCCCUGCCCCGUCGAAGAGCUGAUCGCUGGAAAUUAGAGGGUUAUCUUUGGGGGGGAGGUCAAAUAGAGCACCCCAAGCCUAGCCUCUGCCUCUAGAGGAGGGUGGAAGUUGGGUUGCCUAGUUUUAACCUUUGCAUGUGUCCUACAUAGUCCUUGGAUAUUUUUCAUAGCAUCUGCUUGUUUUUAUAUAUGAUGAAUAAAGUAUCUGAGGUUUUUUUGUACGUA